ACCCAGAAUAUUAAGUACUUGGAACUAGAUCAUUGGCGCCAUCACAGUCUUUGGAAUCACAGAGAUAACAGUCUUUAUUCCACUCUCUGACAAAGCAACAGUGAAUGGGAUACUAGCUGUCGCCAUGGGCCUUACCAAUUAUGAAGAUGAUACUGAGACUGGGAAGGACAGCCAUGAGACCCACCCACCCAUGUAUGUGGAGGCGUUCAAGGACAAUGAGGGAAGCACCAGUCUCAUCUUCUCGCUAGAUGAGAAGGUUGGAGCUCUCGCGGAGGCUCUCAAAAUCCUGGAGGAUUAUAAAGUGAACUUGCAUCAUAUUGAGUCUCGACCAGCAAAAGAUGAUCCAAAACGCUACGAGUUCUAUGUAGCGUGCGAUAACUUGACCGGGGGACUAAAGGAAGCCACGGACAGCUUGCGACACAAGGCACGGGAUCUGACAGUCCUGUCACGCAGUCUCGGAGAACAAAACGAUGAAGGUCCUAGUUUAAGGAUUGGUAGGGGGAUAACAGUUCCAUGGUUUCCGCGUCGAGUGAAGGAAUUGGACAGGUUCGCCAAUCAGAUCCUCAGUUAUGGAAGUGAACUCGAGGCUGAUCAUCCGGGAUUUAAGGAUCAGGUGUACAGGGCUCGGAGGAAGGAGUUUGCUGAUAUAGCAUUUCACUACAAGCAUGGGACUCCUAUCCCUCAUGUGACAUAUUCGGAGGAAGAGAAAAAAACAUGGGGCACCAUCUUCCGGGAGCUGACGAAGCUGUACCCGACCCACGCCUGUCAGGAGUUCAACCACAUCUUCCCCCUGCUGGUGGACAACUGCGGCUUCAGGGAGGACAACAUCCCCCAGCUGGAGGACAUCUCGCAGUUCCUCAAAGACUGUACUGGAUUCACACUGCGGCCAGUUGCCGGACUUCUGUCAUCACGUGACUUCCUGGCUGGUCUGGCUUUCCGGGUUUUCCACUCCACCCAGUACAUCCGCCACCCAUCUAAGCCCAUGUACACACCAGAGCCUGACGUAUGCCAUGAGCUGCUGGGGCACGUGCCCCUGUUUGCCGACCCUACCUUCGCACAGUUCUCCCAAGAGAUUGGCCUGGCCAGUCUCGGAGCCCCGGAGGACUACAUCCAGAAGCUGGCCACGCUGUACUGGUUUACAGUGGAGUUCGGGCUGUGUCGACAAGGGAAGGACCUCAAGGCCUAUGGUGCCGGCCUCCUGUCAUCAUUUGGGGAGUUGCAGUACUCACUGACUGAAGAGCCAGAGAAGAGGCCAUUUGACCCAUCCAAGACAGCUCUGCAGGAGUAUCCCAUCACAUCAUUCCAGCCUGUGUACUUUGUGGCUGACAGCUUUGAGGAUGCCAAAGAAAAACUCAGGGCUUAUGCUGCAACCAUCCCACGUCCCUUCAGCGUGCGCUACAACGCCUACACCCAGAGUGUUGAGGUCAUUAACAGCAAGGAGCAGGUCCUCAACCUCACCAAGGCCAUCAGAGGUGACCUUUCACUUCUUGAAGAAGCCAUGAAGAAGGUCAACAGUAUGAAGUAAAAGGUCAAGGUCAUGUGUUGACAAAAUAGUAUUGAUGUUUAGUUCCUUCUCAAAUCUUACAUUUCAUAUAAAAUAUGUCAAAGAAAAUCCAGAUUUCAAUUUUUAAAAUGAGCAAAAUCUACAUAAAGUGCCUAAUAGCAAAUGAUUUUGCCUGGCACAACAUUCAUACUGAUUUUGCAAAAUCUGAUGUUUUCACUUUUUGUGAACACAUUUCAAUAAGGGUCUACCAUUUGAUAUUCUGGAGCAUUGGCGAGGGCUUGGAUUUUGUGUGGAGAUUAGAUAUUUUUUCAGCUGCACCUGCAAAACCAGAUAUAUUUUUUAAUUAAUACUAUGACCCACAAUAAAAAAAAUCAAAAAAAUCCUUGAACAGUGUAAUUUUUGUGCCGGACAAUAUCUAUUUUUUCCCCAACAAUCUGACACAUAAUUAUUAUUAUUUUCAAGCAAUUGGACAUUGUAUUUUUUAGGAUAUAAUCCCAGAAUAUCAAAUGGUCCGUCCCUAAACAUGAGAAUGCACAAAAAAUGUCCUCAAUUCCUUGUUUCAAGAAACGACUGUCAGUUUCUUCUGAUUCUGAUUGCUAUUCUUUUGUCUUUUAAAAUACAUGUUAUGGUUAGGACACAUGUGAAUUCUGCACAAUACAUGUUUGUUGACUGUUGUUGGUUAAUCAGGAAUAUAUACACUGUGUACCAUAUUGUUUACAAUUACUGCUUCUGUGUGGUUGUGGUAAAUCUUGCAUAAUGGUUAUUUAUUAGGAGCAUUAACUGACAUACUGGUAGAAGAAUAAAGCACAGAGAGGUAACAGUUUGGCAGCUAUUCAAGGAUGUAUAUAUACACUCACAUCCUGCUCAAUACAGGAAUUGUAAAUCUUGGCAGAUUGGAAAAGAUUAGAGUCAUAUUCUUAUGCAACCUUGUUAUCAGUUGUCAACUAUUUUGAAAUAUCUUCACAAAAUAGAGGUCUUUCUGAAAUUUCUUAUUACCUCAGGGAUAGAAACGGCUACUAGUUAGAUACUAGUGAAAAUCUAAAGGUUUUCUCCUGAAAUCUUGUUAUUUUACAUAACCCCUAGUUCGAAAUGAGCUGGGUAGGACCAGUGGUGACUACCCUUGCUACUUAAUAGCUUUAGUUGUUCUACAUCAUCAUUGCACCUUUUACACUAAAACUUGUGGCAGGAAAAGUAUAAAACUUGAAUUUCAUUAACAAUCCUUCCGUGAAGUCCUUUAGUUAUUUUAGAGACGAUCAGAUACCUACAUGUUUAUAUGUUUUGGACAGAAGUCAUAGUCAACUCCCAAACCUGUAACGUCAGAUCUGUGCGUAUAAAGAUUCCAUGCCUGAUCCCCACAAAGGGGGAGUACCACUUUUGAACAGUGUCUGUUCGUCACACCAACUCUGGGUGAUAGAAAUAUUCAGGGUAGUGUUUGUAAAUUGUAUAUUCAUAAGGUAUUUUUGGUUUGUUAUAUAAGAAUUAUUUUAUGGAUAACAAAGAAGAUGUUUUUAUUUAAAUGCUGAGAACAAUACUUGUUGAAAUUAUUCCGGUGAAGCACAAACAUUUGGCUCAAAUGUUUGAAAACCUAUACUUUACAACUUUCUCUUUGAGGACUUUACAUAUACAUGUAGGUUUUCAAAAAGUUAUCCUUUUUCAAUAUUUUGGAUCAAUCUUAUUAAAAUCAGCUCUUAGUUCCUGCUUUACCUAAACAAAGAUCUGAGGACAUCCCAUUAGGGGUCACGUCAGAAGGACCUUUCAUCCAACUAAUUAAAGCAUCGCUUACCAGAUCAUGAAAGUGACAGUCGG